UACUGACUGUCGGCACACAGAACCAAGAUGGGAGCGAACGAAGGCAAACAGCAAGUGAAAGCCGGAGUGAAGAAGCAGAUCGAAGAGUGGGAGGCUUCGGUUGCUCAGAGCCUCCGACGAAACAAACUGGAGCUGAUGAGGGUUCGGCGCUCAGCAGAAAGAGCUCAGCUCAAACAAAAAAUCGAGACCCAGAAUGGCAUCCUGAAUUUCCUCAAUGGAAGGACGACGGACGUGGAGGACGGCUCCAUGGAUAUGAGGGACGAGGAGAUCUCUCUGAGACUGAAGCUCACAGCGUCCCGGAACCAACUGAAGGAGGCCAACGGCCGUCUCGAAGUUGAGCAGAAAAUACAUCGAGACCUGAAGCUCCAACUGAACGAAUACCGGACCAAGCUGCCGGUGGAACGAGACAAGAAUCAGAAGCUGACAGCUCAACUGCAGCAGGAACAAGCGAAGAACCAGGAGCUGACAGCUCAACUGCAGCAGGAACAAGAGAAGAACCAGGAGCUGACAGCUCAACUGCAGCAGGAACAAGCCAAAAACCAGGAGCUGACAGCUCAACUGCCUCAGGAACAAGAGAAGAACCAGGAGCUGACAGCUCAACUGCCGCAGGAACAAGAGAAGAACCAGGAGCUGACAGCUCAACUGCCGCAGGAACAAGAGAAGAACCAGGAGCUGACAGCCAAACUGCCUCAGGAACAAGAGAAGAAUCAGAAGCUGACAGCUCAACUGCCUCAGGAACAAGCCAAAAACCAGGAGCUGACAGCUCAACUGCCGCAGGAACAAGCCAAAAACCAGGAGCUGACAGCCAAACUGCCUCAGGAACAAGCCAAAAACCAGGAGCUGACAGCUCAACUGCCGCAGGAACAAGAGAAGAACCAGGAGCUGACAGCUCAACUGCAGCAGGAACAAGAGAAGAACCAGGAGCUGACAGCUCAACUGCAGCAGGAACAAGCCAAAAACCAGGAGCUGACAGCUCAACUGCCGCAGGAACAAGAGAAGAACCAGGAGCUGACGGCUAAACUGCAGCAGGAACAAGAGAAGAACCAGGAGCUGACGGCUAAACUGCAGCAGGAACAAGAGAAGAACCAGGAGCUGACAGCUCAACUGCAGCAGGAACAAGAGAAGAACCAGGAGCUGACAGCUCAACUGCAGCAGGAACAAGCCAAAAACCAGGAGCUGACAGCUCAACUGCCGCAGGAACAAGAGAAGAACCAGGAGCUGACAGCUCAACUGCAGCAGGAACAAGAGAAGAACCAGGAGCUGACAGCUCAACUGCAGCAGGAACAAGCCAAAAACCAGGAGCUGACAGCUCAACUGCAGCAGGAACAAGAGAAGAACCAGGAGCUGACGGCUAAACUGCAGCAGGCUUCCAGGAAGGCUUCUCUGGAUGAACUCAGCGAAAAGCUGCUGGAGGCACAGGAUCAACAGGGGGAGACAGAAAACAGAAGCUGUGAGAUCCUGAAUGCAGCUGAAGAACCUACAGAAAGUCUGCAGAGUCUCGAACUCCAAGCAGCUUCUGUAGAACGUCUAGAAGGUUCUGAAGGUCCAGACAUUGUGGAGUCUUCAGAUGAUUCAGAUGAAGCUGAUGAUUCUGAAAACAGAGAAGAAGAAGAAGAAGAGCUUCCAGAGCUGAAAAAGAGGAACAGGGAAAAGAAAAAGAAGAAGUCCAACUGCUGA